CAGCCCCGCCCCCCCAAAAUCUCAGACUCAGCUUCUGAUUUGAGUUUUAACUGUCUAUGUAAACAAAUUGAUGAAGGUCUGGCUGAGGGGUUCUCAGAAGCUGAGGUCUUAAGAACAGUGCUCAAGAUAAUUAAGCCGGGUACCUUUAAAGACAUGCUCAUGACCAAAGACACCCUGACCUUUGCUGAGUUAAAAAGGUUCCUUAAAGCACACCUUAGAGAUAAGAGCAGUACUGAAUUGUUCCAGGAACUAAGUAACGCAAAGCAACAUGAUAAAGAAAGCCCACAACAGUUUAUGUAUAGACUAAUGGGGGUCAAGCAGCGCAUAACGUUUGCUUCUAAACAAGGUACAGACUUCCAAUAUGAUAGCAAACUGGUGCAGGGAGUGUUUCUUCAUUCACUUUACCAGGGGAUGAAUGAAACAUGCUCAUACAUCAGACGGGAUCUUCAACCACAUCUUUCAGACAUGAAUGUGACUAAUGACUUUAUACUCGAUGUGAUCACGAGAUCACUGAGGGACGACACCGAGAGGAAAACCAGGUUGGGACAGGUAUGCAAACAAAAAGCAAUCAGUAUCAAUACAGCCCAGCUGGACAGUGACAAACAGAAUGCCAUUCAAGUGCAGGCAGAGGUGCAGGCCAAUCGCAGUGCUAUACAGGAGUUAACAGCCCAAGUGUCAUAUUUGGCCAAAAGUUUGGAGAAAGCCAUCACACCGGUAGUGAAUGUGGCAACAGAAAACACCUACAACCCUUUGCCACACAUAAAACAGUCAACCAAGCCUGAAGUUAAAGGGAAAUGUCACCAAUGUGUAUCCCAAGGAAAUGACACCUGCUCACACUGCUUCCGAUGUGGAAAAGAGGGACACAGAGCUAUUGGCUGCUUACAAAAGGGAACUCUGUCGGGAAACCGGGUGAGGUCGCUGGGGAGGGACCACCAGUGACCUUGGAGAAUUCAGAGUCCCCAAUCCCAGAGAAGCUGCACCCCAAAGAGAAAAUUCCAUCUUCAACCAAGACCUCCAAAUCAUGUCAAGUGUCCAAAAGGGAGCGUGUUGCCCAGCUGAUUGGGGGCAGGUGUAUGGUAACUUGUUAUCUAGAUGGGGUCAAACUUCAAAUGUUGUUGGAUAGUGGGGCCCAAGUAAGCAUUGUGGAGAAGUCUUGGGUGCAAAAGGCCUUGCCAAAUGUGACAAUUAGGCCACUGGAAAGCCUACUCUCAAAUCACCCACUCAAAGUCACUGCAGCUAAUGGGACAGAUGUGCCGUUUGAAGGGUGGAUAGAAGUUUUUCUUGAGAUCACAAGUAGCAGUCAUGGCUCAGUUGCUAUUCAUGUUCCCAUGCUAGUAAGUCGAGGAGGGUUGAGCAGCCCGCUACUAGGCUUUAAUGUGAUACAAGAGAUGAUUGCAGGGAAUGGUGAUCAAAGAGAUGACGGCAACUUAGUGAGUCUCCUUUCAGAAGCCCUGAGAAUUCAGAAGAGUAAUGCUGAAA